CUAUCCACUCCAUAGAACCGCUCCUUCAAGAGUUCAAAGCGGCCAUUAGAGCACGAGAAUUUAGAAGAAACCGCUAGACGACCGAAGGAAUCGGAGCUCCGAUUUUCCAUCGUCUUCAGAUUCCAAUUGGACCAUAUUUGGACUUCAGAAUGUGGGAAUGGCGUGGGGACUCUUGUCAAGGAGAUGAUGCAGAUAAUGACAUACCGAAUUACCUACUGAGCCAGGAUGAAGAUCUUUCCUUUAUGUUUGAUGAUGAGGAAACUACUCCAGUCAAGUCAUUUGGAGAUGUCCAUUACCAGUUUAGUAGUGGUGAAAAUAGCGAUAAGGAACCGUCCUCACAGGCAAAAAGGCGCCGCAUGCUAGAGUUUGGAUCGGAAUGUUUGGAUUCACUUCGCAGUGUAGGAACGUCGUCUGCAUUGAUGAAAUCGAUGGAGGAAGAGAAUUCAAAGUCUGAAGUAUCCCAGUGGGCUUCAGAACUUGCUGAUAUGUCUGCAUCCAGUAAUGACAUCCUGGACCAAUCAUCUGAGAGGUGGAUUGCUGAUUGCUUUAAUGAUGCAGAUAUGCACAUCAGCCCUGAGAAUUUUAGUGCGCCUGCUGAUGCAACAGCUGAUGUUCAGAUUGAUAUCUCAGAGUUCUGCACUACGCAUCUUGAGUGUGAACCUAAGGCUGUACUUCAGAAGCUUCAUCCAGUCCGAACUCGUCGAAAUAUUAUCUUUAAAGGUAGAAAAUCAUUUAUCCAGACUCCCAAGGUCCCCACUUCUGUUGUCUAUCCCUUUGAUUUUGUUAAACCCUGCGGUGCUCGUGGUGAUGUGACCCUAAACGACAUAAACAAGCGGAUUAAAACCCCGGCAUUGCCCAAGAAGACCGAAAAGGCUUCGAUCGUGUAUCCCAGGUCUGCUUUUUCAGGUAAACCUGUUGUUGGGAAGACUAAAAUUCGCACAGAGGGAGGUAAGGGCAGUAUUACUAUUAUGAGAACCAAAGGAUAACUCAUACAAGCAAAUUCAGGAAAAGAUUUUUGGCACUUCUAAUAUUGGUGGCAUCUGGAGAUUGUACCAUAUCAUCAAAAGUUGUUUAUAUCCUCAAUCUCUGUCGCAGAUGUGGCGUCUUAUGUAGGGUCCGUUUGGCAACAAUUUCAUCGUCUUGCUUUAGCGUUUUGAAAUGAUUAUUUAUUGGCAGCGUUUAGCUUUAAUUUUUUUUAAAGUUAAUCUAUACCAUUAAAAAGUUAUUCAAAACGCUAAUGCUAAUCGAAAACGUUGUUCCCAAACAAGGCCAUUGACCUGGUAUAUUUUGAAGAUCUUUACUAAAUUAUUUUGAAGAUCUUUACUAAAUUUCUUGUAUCUAU